AUGGAGAAUGGAGAGCAUCAAGCCAUUACUAUAGAGGAAUCCGAUAGCAACAUAGAGACGUCGGUUGGCUCUACCAAUGAAAUAGAGGAAUCCAGUGACAAUGCAUGUGUCAUUCUCAUUCAGAGGCGCUUGGAAGAAAAUAGAAGAGAAGGAGCUCAAAGCACAACGGAAAGGGACAUAUCUUCUAUAUGCCGAGUCCCUGAAAACCUUGCAAGAAUCAGUAGAAGGGCCACUGAGCCAGAAAAGGUGUCGAUAGGCCCUUAUCACCGCGACAAAGAUGAGGUACUUGAAUUCCAAAGUUUCAAAUGGCAGUUUCUUGAUUCCCUACUUUCUCGAAUGGAACAACCGAAGAGUUCUUUACGGCUCAUGACGCUAGCCAUGAAAGAAUUAGAGCUCAAAGCAAGAGCACAAUACUCAGAGCUGAUUCAGAUGUCAAGUGACGAUUUCAUUGAGAUGAUGCUACUUGAUGGUUGCUUUAUCAUUGAACUCUUCCAACAAGUUUGCCAGAGUGAAGAUUCUGCGAAUGUCAAUAGCCUAGUGCUCAUGAAGCCAUGGUUAAUUCCGAUUCUCAUUAGAGACCUCUUAAAGCUUGAAAACCAAAUUCCCCUCUUCGUUCUUUUGGAGUUAUUCAGUCUCUCCAAUUUCAAUACAAGGGAACCCUUCUUGUGGCAAGCCUUAAAGUUUUUUAAUCUUGCCCUGCCUCGGUCCCUUGACUCAUUCAAGGGACAACAGCGAGUUUCCCUUUAUGAAGACAGCUGUCAUCUACUUCACUUGUUUUACUGUAGCUACUGCUGCCCAAAAUUACAGCAAGCCCCGCAUAGGCCAACCGUGUAUAGGCCAGAAGGGUAUCGUCCAUCAUCUGAUCAGUCAAUACCAUGUGUGACACGACUCCGGCAUGCUGGGGUCAAGUUUAGGCCACUAAAAGCUGGUAAUUUCUUGGACAUAAAUUUCCACAAAGGGGUGCUAGGAAUCCCACCCAUGACCAUCAAUGAUUUCACCAGCACUGUCCUAAUUAACUGUGUUGCCUGCGAACAAUGCUACCCACGGCCCAACUCGAAAUGCUUUUCUGAAUAUAUUGCCUUCAUUAGUUGUCUCAUCAACUCAAGUAGAGACGUUACAUUCCUUUGUGAGGACGGAAUUAUCUCAAAUUUCUCCUACAACGAUAAUCAUGUUGCUAAUCUUUUCAACAUGUUGGGAGAGCAUGUUGUGUUCAACAUUAGAGAGUGUUACCUAAAAAACGAAUUCAGAGAAGUGGAGGCCUACUAUAGCAGCGACUGGGCAACUUUGAGGCGCACAUAUUUUAGCAGUCCGUGGUCAAUUAUCUCAGUCGCCUCAGCCUCUGCUCUGCUGCUGCUAACAGCGCUGCAGACAUUUGCGGCCUAUGUUGAGCCACGAGUUCUCCAUAGCUAA